AUGAAUCAAGGCAACGCAAGUUUAUGGUGUUCGGGUACCUUGUGUGGUACUGGUAGUGGUACCUUGUGUGGUACUGGUAGUGGUACCUUGUGUGAAACUGGUGGUGGUACCUUGUGUGAAACUGGUGGUGGUACCUUGUGUGAUACUGGUAGUGGUACCUUGUGUGGUACUGGUUAUUGUACACUGUGUGGUACUGGUGGUGGUACCUUGUGUGGUACUGGUAGUGGUACCUUGUGUGGUACUGGUUAUUGUACACUGUGUGGUACUGGUGGUGGUACCUUGUGUGAUACUGGUUGUGGUACUGGUGGUUGUACCUUGUGUGAUACUGGUUGUGGUACUCUGUGUGAUACUGGUGGUGGUACCUUGUGUGAUACUGGUGGUGGUACCUUGUGUGAUACUGGUGGUGGUACUCUGUGUGAUACUUGUAGUGGUACCUUGUGUGGUACUAGUGAACUGGUUGCAUGA